AUCCAAUUACAAAUGCCCAUCCAAUCCAUGAUCCAUCAAUUAGCAAUUAACAGGAGCUUGUUUGCGGCGAUAGUAGCCGUCCGAUGAAGGAGGCAUGUUAUUGGUGAGAAAUCAAACGCAAGGCUCAUAAUUAUAAUAGCCGUACAGGCGUCGUUGGAUGGAGAUGGACUUGCAAAUCAAGGUAGCGCAAGCCGUUCAUGUCCUCAAUCACGAUAUAGAAUCAUGCAACCGCGUCGCUGCCAAUCAAUGGCUUGUGCAGUUCCAGCAAACCGACGCUGCUUGGGAGGUCGCCACCUCCAUCCUCACCUCCGAUCGUCACUCCUUCCUUGCAGAUUUCGAAGUCGAGUUUUUCGCAGCUCAGAUUCUUAAGCGAAAGAUUCAGAAUGAAGGAGUUUAUUUGCAGUCAGCUGUGAAAGAUGCUUUGCUAAACGCUCUUCUUGUGGCCGCUAAAAGAUAUAGUUCGGGUCCUCCUCAGCUUUUGACACAAAUCUGUCUUGCACUUUCUGCCCUUAUCCUUCGUGCGGUUGAGGAUGGAAAACCUGUUGAAAAGCUAUUUUACAGUCUCUGGAAUCUACAGAGUGAGGAUGAUGACAAUGUUGCUGUUCUUGAGAUGCUUACUGUUCUCCCCGAAGAGCUUAUUGACACCCAAGCUUCUGAUUGUAAUAUAAGUUCGGCCCACAGAAGUCAGUAUGGUCAAGAGCUUCUCUCCCACACACCUAUGGUUCUUGAGUUCCUAUUGCAACAAUCUGAGAAAAGUUUUGAUGGCGGUGUUCAAUUGCAUGAAAGGAAAAGAAAAAUUUUGCGUUGCUUAUUAAGUUGGGUUCGAGCUGGGUGCUUCUCAGAGAUUCCCCAAGGCGCACUGUCAACACAUCCACUUCUUAAUUAUGUAUUCAACUCUUUGCAGGUUCCAUUAUCAUUUGAUCUGGCCAUUGAAGUUUUUGUAGAACUUGUGAGUCGACAUGAGGGGGUACCUCAAGUUUUGUUAUGUAGAGUACAUUUUCUUAGGGAAGCGCUUCUUUUACCAGCUCUGACUGACAGAAAUGAGAAAGUUAUUGGUGGUCUAGCAUGUUUGAUGUCAGAGAUUGGACAAGCUGCACCAUCUCUAAUCGUAGAAGCAAGUUCUGAGGCACUUGUGUUCGCAGAUGCCUUGUUAAGCUGUGUAGCAUAUCCAAGUGAAGACUGGGAGAUUGCAGACUCAACUUUGCAAUUUUGGUCUAGUCUUGCAAGCUAUAUACUUGGCCUUGAUGUGAACACUGCAAAAAAUAAGAAACAUGUGGAAGAGAUGUUCUUUUCUGUCUUUUCAGCAUUACUUGAUGCUCUUUUAUUGCGUGCACAGGUGGACGAUUCUACAUUUAAUGAUGAUGGUAUGCCUGACCUGCCAGAUGGUCUUGUUCAAUUUCGGAUGAACCUUGUUGAGCUUUUGGUGGAUAUAUGUCAACUUUUACGUUCUGCUACAUUUAUACAAAAGAUUUUCUUUGGUGGUUGGGCAUCUGCAAAUCUACCCAUACCCUGGAAGGAGGUGGAAACCAAAUUGUUUGCUCUUAAUGUGGUCUCAGAAAUAAUCUUACAGGAGGGCCAAGCCUUUGACUUCUCAGUGAUUAUGCAAUUGGUGACAAUGUUGUCGACUAGGCCUUCUAAUGAGCUUAAGGGAUUUAUGCAUAUCGUUUACAGAUCACUUGCCGAUGUAAUUGGUUCCUUCUCCAAGUGGAUAUCUUCUUUGCAAACUAAUGCUAGGCCCUUACUAUUAUUUCUCGCUGCAGGGAUAUCAGAGUCUCUGUCCUCAAAUGCUUGUGCCUCUGCUCUGCGUAAAAUUUGCGAAGAUGCUUCUGCUGUAAUUGAUGAACCCUCAAACUUGGAAAUUUUAAUGUGGAUAGGAGAGGUACUGGAUAUUACCCUGGCUUUAGAGAAGAGGCGUUUACCUUUGGAGGACGAGGAAGAAAUUGUUAGUGCAAUCAGUCUAAUCGUGGGCUCUGUUUCUAAUAGAGAGUUAAAAAACAAUUUGCUGGCUAGAUUGCUUUCUUCUAGCUAUGAAGCUAUUGGAAAACUUAUUGAUGGAGACAACCACCAGUCUCUCAUACAGAAUCCAGCUACUUAUACACAAAUUUUGAGCUCAGCAACAAGAGGGCUUUACAGGAUGGGAACUGUAUUCAGUCAUCUUACGGUGCCUUCACCAACUGAUUCUGCUGCUGACAAUCCUAUUUAUUCUCUGCUGAGAGUUUUCUGGCCCAUGUUAGAGAAACUUUUUAGGUCUGCACACAUGGAGAAUGGUAAUUUGUCUACCGCAGCUUGCCGGGCCCUUUCGUUGGCUAUUCAUUCUUCAGUUGCUUCAUCUGCAGGCCAGCACUUUUUAUCACUACUGCCCCAAGUACUGGAUUGCCUAUCAACAAAUUUUUUGUCAUUCCAGAGUCAUGAAUGCUAUAUCCGGACUGCGACUGUUGUCAUUGAAGAAUUUGGUCAUAAGGAGGAGUAUGGACCUUUGUUUGUCACCACUUUUGAAAGAUUUACUCAAGCAGCAUCAGUAAUUUCUCUUAAUUCUUCAUAUAUAUGUGACCAAGAGCCUGAUCUAGCAGAAGCUUACACAAAUUUUGCAUCCACGUUUGUUCGUAGCUCUCAUAAGGAAGUAUUAACUGCAUCCGGUGCCCUUCUUGAGGUUUCCUUCCAGAAGGCAGCUAUAUGCUGCACAGCUAUGCAUCGUGGAGCUGCACUAACAGCAAUGUCAUAUUUGUCUUGUUUCUUAGAGGAAGGCCUGGCCUCUUUGUUGGGAUCCAUGACUAAUAUUCCUGAAGGGUCAUUUAGUGCCAUGGCAAUUCAGCUCAUAUCUCAUAAUGGUGAGGGGCUUGUAUCAAAUGUGGUUUAUGCAUUACUUGGUGUCUCAGCAAUGUCACGGGUUCACAAGUGUGCAACAAUCCUGCAACAAUUGGCUGCAAUUUGCACUUUAAGUGAAAGAUCAACCUGGAAGGCUAUUCUUGGUUGGGAAUCUUUGCAUGGAUGGCUACAUUCAGCGGUGCAUGUUCUUCCAGCUGAAUAUCUGAAACAAGGUGAAGCUGAAACUCUGGUGCCAGUUUGGUUAAAAGCCCUCUCUGGUGCAGCCUCAGAUUAUCUCGAGAGCAGGAGCUGCAAUGGAGGAAAGGGAAGUUAUGGGUACAUGCAAGGGAAAGGGGGACGAGUUCUCAAGCGAUUGGUUAGAGAAUUUGCAGAUGGUCACCGCAAUGCCCUAAAUUUAACUUGAUGGAAGCCGACAAUCAAUCGGGCACUUUUCAUCUAUAUUGUAAAUUGAUGGCUCUUUGUCAACCCUUGUUCAAUCUUUGGGACGUGCUAUUUGAGCAAUGUCCCCGUACAAAACUGUACAGUGUAAUGUCUCAAUUUUGUUAGACCUGAACAAUUCAGGUUAGGAUAUUUAUUUUUCUAGUUCAAAUAUAUCAGCCUCGAAGGGUGGGAUGGGCUGGCCAGUGUGAUAUAUAUGAUUCCAUCUCA